GAGUAUCAGCAGCCUCUCGCGCAAGGACGAGCAUCUCCUGCUGCCGGAGUCUGCGGGGUAGAGCUGCUGUCGCGCGCCGGGGGAGGGGCUCCGGUUAUCCUGACUCUGAGGGGUAGAGCUGCUGCUGCUGCUGCUGCUGCUGUUGUGUUUUUUCUUUUUCUUUUUUUUCCAGAGGAGCACAGAGAGAGGCUUCUUCCCCCUGCAGUGCUAACGGAGGCUAAUGCUAAACAUACACACACUCUCGCGCACAGACACUCACUCUCGCGCACACGCACAGCGGCUAAUCCUCCCAACAGCUGCAGCACCGAGACGAGGCUCGCGCAGGCCGGUUCCUCCAACACUGUGAGCGAGGGCGAGGGGGGCAGCGCGCGAGAGAGGGGCUCCCAGGCUAAUACACAGCGCGAAAGUGGGCCAGAGCCGGAGCUGCUGCACAGCAUUCUGGGAAAACGGGUCUUCUGAGGAGAGGAAGUGGACAGAGGAGUGACCGACACUGACUCACAUUCGCCCACAUGCACACUCUUUAGCACACAUCACACACAUGCACACUCUUUAGAGGAGUGACCGAUUCCAUCACACACAGGAAGAGGAGUGACCAUCUCGCACCAUCCACAGGAACACUCUUUAGAGGAGUGACCUAUACCAUCUUUCAUCACAAAGACACACUCUUUAGAGAAGCGAACAUCUCUCACUGUCCACAGGAACACUCUUUAGAGGAGUGACCACAAAAUCUCACGUUACAUCACAUCUCACACAGGCACACACUUUUUAGAGGAGUGACCAACACCAUCCCACAUCACAAAGACACUUUAGAGGAGUGUCCAACACCAUCGCACACCACAUCACACACAGACACACUCUUUAGAGAAGUGAUCAAUACCAUCUUAUAUCGCAUUACUCAAAAGCACACUCUUUAGAAGAGUGACCGAAAUAACUCACACCACACCACAUCACACACAAGCACACACUUUAGAAGAGUGAACAACACCUUCUCGCACCACAAAGACACACUCUUUAAAGAGUGUCCAACAACAUUUCACACCACAUCACCCAAGGGCACACUUUUUAGAAGAGUGACCGAUACCAUCUCACACUACUCCGCAUUACAUACAGGCACACUCUUUAAAGGAGUGACCAACACUGGCUUACAUUCGUCCACGUUCACACUCUUUUUAGAGGAGUGCCCGACACCAUCUUACACCACACCAUCCACAGACACACUCUUUAAAGUCACACGCUUUAGCUGAGUGAUCUUCACAGAUACACACUCUAGAAGUGUGACCAUGACAAAUUUUCACUCUUUAUUACACAAGCUUUAGCAGAGUGACCAUCUAACAUACACACAUUAGGAGAAUGACUGUCUCACACUUAGCAGAGUGGCUAUCUCUCAUACAAACACACUCUUUAGAGGAGUGAACAUUCAUGCAUGCACACUCUUUAACAUGAGCGACUAAUUCUCAUACACACUUCGGAAGAGUGACUGUUUUAUACACACUCUUUAGUACAUUGACGCUUUAGUACAUUACGUGCACACUCUUUGAGUAGUGAAGGCUUGUACAUACACACCUUAGAAAAGUGAUAAUUUCUUUCAUUUAGAGAAGCGACUGUCUCACACAUGCACUCUCUUUUAGGAGUGAACACUUAUAUACUUAUAUACACACUCCCUAGCAAAGAGCGCACACUUUAGUGGAGUGACUGUAACAGACACUCUAACAGUCGUGAACAUUUCACACUCAUCUGUACCAGAGUGACCGCUCACACAGACACUCCAGCAGAGUGAGCGUCUCGUGUUUCCUACAUGAGUCUAAGUGCUCUCUCACACACUUUAGUAGAGUGACCAUCACUCAGACACACUGUCUCUCUCUCUCUCUCUCUCUCUCUCUGUAACACAGAGAACUAUCUCUCUCUCUCUCACACACACUCUCACACCCUGGAGUGGAGGCUUCACACACACUCUCUAGCUGAGCGGCUGUCUCUCACACACACUCGUGCCCUUGUUUCUGUCACUCCAGCUGUCUGAGAGGCUGAGCGGAGGCCAUGCUGCGGACUCUGUAGCGCGAGAGUGCACGUAAAAGUGCGAGAGCGUGUGAGAGUGUGUGUGCACUCGGCGAUGUGUGUAUGAAAUGGAGAACUCUAGAACCGGACAGGUCGAGGAGAGGUUUGAGAACACCUGACCGCAGUGUGUGUUCGCGUGUUUGGUUUCCCGCGGUUACGGUCGAGGUGGCGAUGGGCAGUUCGGCGUCGUCGUUGGCGACAGAGACUGAGUCGGAGCACGGUUUCAGCAGCGCUGCGUACACGCCGGCGCCCCCGGUGGGCUGGAUGAGGAACAGCCACAGCAGUCCGGUGUGGGGGAGCACCUUCAUCACCCGGCAACAACAUCCCAUAGCACACAGGGAGCGCAGUCACUCUCACUCCCCCGGCUCCAUGGCAGCAGUGGUGAGCUCUGAUUGGUCGUGUGGGCGCUGCACAUUCCUGAACCCGGGUGGUUCUCCUCGAUGCUCCAUCUGCGAGGCUCCGCGCCACAAACCGGACCUCAACCACAUCCUGCGACUCAGCGGCGCCCCCGAGCCUCGCUGGACCUGCCCACGCUGUACCCUCACCAACCACCACGCGGCAGGACUAUGUUCAGUCUGUGGCUCCUCUCCCCCAGUCCCCAAUGGCCCUGCUUCGCCAGCUCAGGUUCCGCCCACUUCCACUUUAGAGUCUACCUCCGUCUCGGAGCCCAGAGGACAGCAGGCUAGUGAGGAUUCCCGGGAGGCGGAGUCUAACGGAGAGGUCAGAGUGAGGGUGGGUGGGGACUUGUCCUCAGGGUGGGCGUGUCCUCGCUGUACGCUGGUUAACACACCUGUAGCGAUGUCCUGUUCGGCGUGUGGCGGCCCACGAAAACUUUCCCUGCCCAAAAUCCCGCCCGAGGCACUCGUCGUUCCAGAGGUUCGAACACCUGUAUCGGGGUUUCCCACACAAACUGGAGGGGCGCCGAAUGCCCCGCCCCUUCUCAUCGACCUCACAGAGGAUUCGCCACCUCCAGCCCCCUCUGAUUCGCCCUCUCCGCCCCCCAGUACGAACCCUGCCCCCUUUUUACCACCUUCGUUUUCUUCCCUUCAGAACAACCCUGUUCCACGCAGCAGAAGGGAAGUCCCGCCCCCUGGAAGGCCGCCAAACCCCGCCCCCUCCCCGACGUCACCUUCCUCCGCCGGCCCGACCGCCAAACCCAAGUCAGAGCAAACUUAUGCCAUCAAAAGACUCAGCGUUCUGGAGGAGGAGGAGCCAAACCAUCCGGUGGCGCCGGUCACGUCUCCGCCGUCCUGGAAGUGUCCGGGAUGCUCCGCCCCCUCUGGACCCUCCAUGCUGGCGGCGGGGCGAUGUGACGCGUGUAAGGGAUCACGUCCGGGGUCGAGUGGUGAUGUCAUCGAUGUUUUAGGUGAAUCGGUACGUUUUACUCCGGCGUCGCCGUCCAGCCCGGACUUCACAUCGUGGGCGUGUUCUAAAUGUACGUUAAGGAACCCGACAGGAACGGGACACUGCACGGCCUGCGGCUCCUCCAAACUGCACGGCUUCUCCGAGUCCUGCACGUCCUGCUCGGUCAAACACUCGCACGCUCGCGCUGCGGGGACGGGGCCGGAGAAGGGCGGGGCCACUCAGUGGGCGUGUCCGGCCUGCACGCUGCUGAACGAGGGGCGUGUGAAGCACUGCGUGGCGUGUCACACGGCGCAGCAGUACCUCAGUCUGAAGCGCAGCGCUAAAGCUCUGAGGCGGCGGGAGAGCGUUCACGUGGAGCAGCGGCGGCGCACCGACGAGGGAGAGGCCAAGGAGCUGUGGGAGAACAUCGUCAGCUUCUGCAGAGAGAACUCAGUGAACUUCGUGGACGACAGUUUCCCCCCUGGUCCUCGCUCAGUGGGCUUCCCCGACAGCGACAGCGUCCAACAGCGAAUCAAGAAGUGGCUCCGCCCCCACGAGAUCAACUGCAAUAACUUUAAGGACCGUGGUGUGAAGUGGUCCGUGUUCCGAACGCCCCGCCCAUCCGAUAUCCUGCAGGGGCUUCUGGGAAACUGCUGGUUCCUCAGUGCUCUGGCGGUUCUGGCAGAGCGUCCGGAGCUGGUAGAGCGGGUGAUGAUCACCAGGUCUAUCUGUCCUGAGGGGGCGUAUCAGGUGCGGCUCUGCAAGGACGGGACCUGGACCACCGUGCUGGUGGACGACAUGCUGCCCUGCGACGAAUACGGAUACCUGCUCUUCUCACAGGCUCAGAGGAGGCAGUUGUGGGUGGCUCUGAUAGAGAAGGCUCUGGCGAAGCUGCACGGGUCGUACUUCGCUCUGCAGGCGGGUCGGGCUAUAGAGGGGUUGGCGACGCUCACCGGCGCCCCCUGUGAGAGUCUGAUGCUGCAGGUCAGCUCCACCAACCCCCGAGAGGAGCCCAUCGACACGGACCUCAUCUGGGCCAAGAUGCUCAGCUCCAAAGAGGCAGGGUUCCUGAUGGGGGCGUCUUGUGGGGGAGGGAAUAUGAAGGUGGAUGAUGUUGUUUACGAGUCUCUGGGGCUCCGCCCACGCCACGCCUACUCUAUACUGGACGUCCGGGACGUACAGGGAUACAGGCUGCUGCGUCUGCGGAACCCGUGGGGCCGGUUCUCGUGGAACGGGUCGUGGUCGGACGAGUGGGCUGAUUGGCCGCAGCAUCUUCGACAUGAGCUGAUGGCUCACGGGAGCAGCGAGGGCGUCUUCUGGAUGGAAUACGGAGACUUCAUCAAGUACUUUGAUUCAGUGGAUAUCUGUAAGAUUCACUCGGACUGGCAGGAGGUUCGAGUUCAGGGCAGCUUCCCCAGCAGAGCCAGCGGCCCGCUGACCGUCACCGCCCUCACCGUACUGGAGAGAACCGCCCUGGAGUUCGCCCUGUUCCAGGAGGGCAGCAGGCGUUCGGACACGGCGGACAGUCACCUGUUGGAUCUGUGUAUAAUGGUGUUCAGGGCUUCGUUCGGCAGUGGGAAUAAGCUGGUUCUGGGUCGGCUGCUGGCUCACAGUAAGCGGGCGGUGAAGAAGUUUGUGGGCUGUGACGUGAUGCUGGAGCCAGGAGAGUACGCUGUGGUCUGCUGCGCCUUCAACCACUGGCAGAUGAACGUCACGGGAACCCCGACUCCAGUACCCAGUCCCACCAGUGGGCGGGGCCAGAGUCAGGACUUUCCUGGUUUCAUCCUGGGCAUCUACAGCAGCAGGCAGGUGAUGGUGGAGCAGGUGGACGCCACGGCAACCACCCUGGCUGAUGCCAUCAUACUGCUGACGGAGAACAAAGGAGAGAGACACGAGGGCCGUGAGGGAAUGACCUGUUACUACCUGACGCACGGGUGGGCGGGGCUUAUUGUUGUCGUGGAAAACAGACACCCGAAGUACUACCUCCACGUAUCAUGUGACUGCACGGACAGCUUUAACGUGGUGUCCACCCGCGGCAGCCUCAAAACCAUCGACAGCGUCCCACCUUUACACAGGCAGGUGCUGGUGGUCCUCUCUCAGCUGGAAGGGAACGCUGGAUUCUCCAUCACACAUCGGCUAGCUCACCGCAAAGCAGCGCAGGCUAACCUGGGGGACUGGACCCCCACCAAGGCCACACACUCCCCCCAGCUCACCUCCGACACCGAGGGGCUUCAUAAACCCCGCCCACUCUGACACACGUGCACACCCACACACACACACACACACUCAAACACUUACAUAUACCUACAUGCACAUAUAUGGACGGUCAGGGUGAGCAUGCUGGAACUACUGAGCCAAUCACGCAUCUGCUCACUGAGCCAAGACCCGCCCACUGCAACACACACACACACACAUAUACACACACAGACUCAUACACACUGCACAAGGACAGAUGCACUCGCAUGCAUACAGCCAUAUUCAUGCUCAGUUAUAUGAACACACACACACAUACAAACACACACACACACAUUUACUGUGGGUGUGUAUUUAUGUGUGUGUGUGUGUGUGUGAUUUACGGUAUUCGAGCCAAACCUGCAGGAGGAUCUCUGACCAUCGCCAUCCUUCGGUUUUUAUAUACGUACCUGAUUAAAGUCUGAGCUCAAAUCAAUCACAGCAAUCGAUCACCAAUCACAGAUCCAAUCAAUCAAUCAGUCCAGACAGGAGAUGCUGGGAGAUGCUAGGCUAACAAUGCUAACAAAUGCUGCUCUUAAACUGCCACUAAUUUACUCAUAUCUAAAUCUGUCUCUCAGAACAGGCCAAAAUUAUUGAUAUGAUCUCGUCACUUCUUCAUUAAUCGCCCUGGUCUAGAACAUCAUACUCUCAUAAAAAAGGUUCUCCAAGGGUUCUAAUGAAAAUAUGACUAUUCUAUAUAGCUAUGACAUGCUAUGCUAAUGCUGCUAACGAAUACUGAUGAUCUCUCAUCAUACAUCAUCUCCAAUAGUUUCACAAAACCUAGUGGAGUUAGAACACAGAACCUUCUAGAACAGGUUCUCUAACGGUUGUUUAGUAAAGGCACUGAUUCUAUAUACAACAUAUGAUAUGAUGUUUUAAUGAAAAUAUGACUAUUCUAAAUAUAACUAUGACAUAAUAUGCUAACAUCGCUAACAAGGGUUCUAACGAAAAUAUGACUGUUCUAUAUAGAACUAUGAAAUACUAUGCUAAUGUCGCUGAUGAAUACUGAUUAUAUCUAAUGAUCUCUCAUCAUACAUCCAAAUAUUAAAAAAAAAAAAACAGUGGAGUUAGAACACAGAACCCUCUAAAACAGGUUCUUUAAUGGUUCUUUAGUAAAGGCAGUGAUUCUAUAUAGAACAUAUUAUAUGAUAUCGUUGCUUCUUUAUUAUUCAACCAGGUCUAGAACACCGUACUCUCGUAAAAAAGGUUCUCCAAGGGUUCUAAUGAAUAUAUGACUAUUCUAUAUAGAACUAUGACGUGCUAUGCUAACGUCGCUAACCAACACAGAUGAUCUCUGAUGAUCUCUUAUCAUACGUCCAGAUCUUAAUUAGUUUGCCAAAUCGAUGUGAUUAUUAACAACACAUUACCCUCUGUUAAAAGGAACUUCAAGGGUUCUAAUAUAAAUUUGAUGGUUCUAAAUAGAGCUGUGGCAUGCUUUGUUAACGUCGCUAACGAAGAUCUGGACAUAUGAUGAGAUAUCAUUAUAUCUUCUUUAGUUUGCAAAAUAGAUGUUAUUAUUUAGAAUGCCUUACCCUCUGUAAAAAGGAUCUUCGAGGAUUUUAAUAUGAAUUUGAUGGUUCUAAAUAGAGCUGUGACAUGCUAUGCUGACGUAGCACAUGCUAUACCUAACACUCUAUAUAGAACGUGAUAUGAAAUCGUCGCUUCUUCGUUAUUUGACCUGAGCUAUGACAUGCUACACUGAUGCUAACGAUCUCUGCUGAUUUAUUAUCAUAUGUCCAGAUCUUCAUUGGUUUGCCAAAUCGAUAUGAUUUAGAACAAGGUACCUACUUUAAAAAGGUUCUUUAAGGGUUCUAAUAUAAAUUUGAUGGUUCUAUAUAGAACUGUGACAUGCUAUGCUAACAUCGCUAAUGAAGAUCUGGACAUAUGAUGAGAGAUCGUCAGAGGUCAUCAGAUAUCAUGAUAUCUUCAUUAGUUUACCAAAUCGAUGUAAUUUAGAACGUGGUACCCUCUUUAAAAAGGGUUCUAAUAUAAAUUGCUAUGCUAACGUAGCACAUGCUACUAAGUAAAUGUAGUGAUUCUAUAUAGAACGUAUGAUAUGAUAUGAUAUCCUCACUUCUUCAUUAUUCAACCAGGUCUAGAACACAGGUUCUCCAAGGGUUUUAAUGAAAAUAUGACUAUUCUAUAUAGAAAUAUGACAUACUUUGCUAACUUCGCUAACCAGGGUUCUAACAAAAAUAUGACCAUUCUAUAUAAACCUAUGACAUGCUAUGCUAGCGUCGCUAACGAACAUUGAUGAUCUCUGAUGAUCUCUUAUCAUACGUCCAGAUCUUCAUUAGUUUGCCAAAUCGAUGUGAUUUUGAACGCGGUACCCUCUUUAACAAGAUUCUCCAAGGGCUCUAAUAUAAAUUUGAUGGUUCUAUAUAGAGCUGUGAUUAGAUUAGAGACUUGAUUAGAUUAGACCAUCACUAAUUGAAUCGUCUUUUUUUACCACGAUACACUCUGGGUUCGAAUGUAAAAAUGAAGGUUCUGUAUAGAACUGAACAGGUUUCUCACAUUGGAGGAUACAUUUUAAGAUGCUAUGCUAACAUCGCUAACAAACACUGUACUCUCAAUAGAAAUACAGUGUGUUUUUUUUUUUUUAUUAUUAUUAUUUAAAGUCGUCUUUUUCACUUUUAAGAACCAGGCAUGUUUCUACAGUUUUUAACAAACCACAAAGAACCUUUUUCAUCACUUUCUAAAACUAUUUUUAGUCGAUAAACUCAAACUUCAAUCUCCUCCACACUGGACUGAAGGAACCGGAACUACUUUCAGCGUAAUGGGUCUGAUGAUAAAAGUAGUUAAAGUAGUUCCAGUUCCAGAUCUAAAAUGUUUAAUAAAUACAUUUUUUAGUUUUUUAAGUGUUUACAAAUUUAAAUGUUUAACAUGUUUACUUUUAAGGCAAAUACAUGACUUUAGAUUUUGUGGGCGGGGUUUACCAAGCUAAUACCGUGCUAAUUACAGGCAGUCUUUGUCCAGCGUGUGUUAGCAUCGUUAGCAUGUAGCAUCGUUAGCCUGUAGCAUCUGUAGGCAAAUCUGUGAUCGGUGAUCAAUCGAGGUUAUUGAUUUGAUUGAAAACUCUUUGUCUGAGAUGAGAGAAGCUGAAUGAAAUGAGUAUAAUUGUUAUUUUUUUUGUUUUUUGUUUGUUUUUUCUUUUUUUUCUUCUUCAUUGUGUCAUGUGACAUAUUGUUUUUUAAAGCAUGGGGGAGGGGCUUCGGGUUCCGUGUAACCAAUCAGAAAACUUGAACUAUUCUUCGGUAUAAUGAGGGAUUGUGGGUAAUGCUGUGGGAUGUAGGUGUAUGCUGGGUGGCGGUCUGUUAUUUUAAUGUUGCUGGGAGUGUGUGUGUGUGUGUGUGUGUGUGCACGCGAGUGUGUGUUAGUGUGCGUGUGUGUGUGAUAAUUUAUUGAUCGCUGUAUUAAACAUUAAGGGAGAAGCACAAGCUGAUGGUAGCGAUGUUCGUUGUUAUAGCGAGGUUUAAAAUGGUAAAGGGAGCUCACUGAUUGGCCGAGCUGAUCCGAGGCGUCUGAUUGGCUGGGGCGGCGAGGUCGUAGCCGUAGUUUCCCGUAGUGUCCCCGUUAGUUCUGGUUGUACACUGGUGUUGGACGCAGCGCCGCUCUACUUCCUGUGGACUCGUUUAUUCCUGUUUUUUGCGUUUUCUUUCGUUUUUUUCUGUCGUUUUUCCCGUCGUUCGCUCUGUGGACGUGUCACUGUGUGCAGGUCAGGUCAGUAGCGCCCUCUGCUGCCCAGAGCUGGAGGUGCAGCCUCAACCCUGUGUGACCCGUACACACUUACAGUAUAUACACACACACUCUCUCUCUUCCUCUGUACACACACACACACUUCCUCUCUCUACACACACACACACACUUCCUCUACACACACACACACCCCCCUCAGCCCUGUGUGUGUGUGUUGUACAGCUCUGUUCUCCUCUGUAUAGACCCAUACCGGCGCUGGCUGGGGUAGAACCGGCCUCUGAUGGGUAGGAAUGUGACAUAUAGAAUAUUUUAUUGAUUUUGAAGCAGAAACUCUAUAUAAUAAAAAAAAAAAUCUGUAAGGUUCAUUUGCAAUCUCAGGUUCCAUUGGACCAAAUAAAGUUUUUUUAAUCAGAAAUAAAA